AUGAAAGAAGAGAAGAGAGAAGUGAAAGAAGGUGGUGAUACAAAGGUCACCUCGAAACAUUCUGUUGUUGUUCUUAUUGUGACUUAUGGCACUUUUCAAGCCUACAGACAGUUAUCUGUCAAGCCACAUGCCUCAACUCUCCCAAGGGUAACAUUCAGCCAACCACAAGUUCGGGCAGAAGAGGGGUCAUUUGCUCAACUACCAUGUGUAGCUCAAGGAAAUCCACCUCCCACUUAUAGAUGGAUGAAGGAUACAAAUGGUAUUUUGAAGUCAAUAGAAGAGAACGGGCGGAUUUGGGUGAAUCAAGGCACUUUAAAUAUCAAGAAGGUUCAGAGUUCGGAUGGUGGGAAGUAUCAGUGCAUCGUACGAAACAGUAUUGGAGAGAGACGUAUCGAGAGUGUUCUGGUUGUAACAGCACCCUUGAUUGUGAACAUACGACCUCCCCGCCAAGUGUUAAACAUUGGUCAAGAGGCGACAUUCAACUGCAAUGUCACUGGAUAUCCAGUGCACACCAUCAACUGGAAGAAGGAUCAGCGCCAAUUGGCAUCUUCUAGCCGGGUGCGUUUGCUGUCCCGUGACGUGCUUCAUAUCACUUCCGUGCGCCGAGAUGACAGAGGAAUGUAUCAGUGCUUCGUCUACAAUGACCUGGACGCAGCUCAAGGAACAGCUGAACUGAAAAUAUCAGAUGUACCACCAACGCUGAUAUCUGCAUUUCCCGAACACACAGCCCAUACCGGCGACUCCAUCAGUUUGAAAUGUGUUACCACAGGAAAUCCGAUCCCUCGGAUCACAUGGCAUCUGGAUGAUAUACCGAUUGAUCAAGGGCCUCGUAUGACAGCAGUGGACAGGAUCGGCGACCUUGGUCAUGUGACAGGCAUUCUCAACAUCACUGAAGUGAGGGUUGAAGAUAGUGGUGAAUAUAGGUGCCAAGGUGAGAACGACGUCGGGACGACUUUCCAUGCCGCUCGUCUCAAUGUCUAUGGACCGCCUUUUGUCCGAGCCAUGAGGAAUGUAACAGCAGUGUCUGGAGAAGAUUUGACCAUUCGUUGCCCAUAUGGAGGUUACCCCAUCAAAGGAAUUAGAUGGUUUAAGAAUGAUGUUCUUCUGCCAUUGAACCACAGACAGAAAGUGAAUCACGGAGGCACUCUAACCAUUCAAGGUGUCCAGAGAGCGGCAGACAAAGGGGAAUAUAGCUGCUCUGUAAAAAACAGCGAAGGCCAGAUGGCAACUGGUGUUACAUAUGUUUCCGUUGUAGUUCCACCAGUGAUUGACGCUCAUUACUUCAGAGAAAGCAUUACAAUUGAUGAGGACACUCGAACUAAACUGAUGUGUGUCGUCACCAGAGGUGACCCGCCCAUGCGAUUUCAUUGGUUGAAAAACGGGCAAACUUUCUUGGCCCACGGUGAUACGACAGUGCAGACAUUCGAAGAUACUUCUAUCGUGACAUUCAAGAAGGUUGCGUCCAGUGACCGAGGUCAAUAUACCUGUGUUGCCACCAACAUCGCAGCAUCGAAUAACAGGACAAUGCAGCUUAUAGUAAAUGUUGCUCCACAGUGGACUGUUGAACCAAAGAAUGCUUCCGUAAUUCUGGGUCAGAGAGUAUGGAUAGAUUGUGCUGCUGUUGGUUUUCCAGCACCUAGUAUAUUAUGGAAAAAACUUCUCCACACAGAGAGUAGCAGUGGAGAUUUCACGUACGUCCAUUCCAAUCCACGAGCCCAUCGCUUCAACAACGGAACUCUGGUUUUGUCUGACGUCGAGGAAUCCGAUGCGGGAUCCUAUUUGUGCCAGGCUACAAACGGCAUUGCUGCAGGACUUAGCAAAAUAAUUACCUUGCAAGUCUUGGUACCUCCGAAGUUCAAAGAACCGUUCCAGACUAAAACUGUGACAGAAGAGUCCAACACAACCCUAAGAUGCAUAGCUACAGGACAUGGGCCAAUUGUCAUCACUUGGCAAAAGGAUAAAUCUCUGAUUGACAUCAACAGACGUGGAAGAUUUUCAAUCAGAGACAUAGCAGAUUCUCGCCAGACGAUAUCGGAAUUGCAAAUUUUGAAAACUCAUCGAAGUGAUACAGGAACGUACAGCUGCUCUGCAGUCAGCGAUAUAGGCACGGAUGAAGCGACUAUACAAUACAUUGUCCAAGGGAGACCUGAUCCGCCAACUGACAUUAAUGUGGUAAAUAUCACUAGUCGAUCAAUUACAUUGCAAUGGGAAGUGAAGCAUGAUGGGAAUAGUCAUGUGACUGGUAGCGUCGUACAAUACCAGUCAAUAUCAGACUCCAGCUGGAAUGGUCAGACUUCCCAGCUGAUUGUGUCCGGUUCAGACAACAUGGCAACCUUGAGAGCCCUGUCUCCAGUCACCCUGUACUUUAUCCGAAUAGUGGCUGAAAACUCACUUGGACACAGUGCUCCCAGUGAAGUCAUCAAUGUGACCACGACUGAAGAAGCUCCUUCUGGUGCGCCUAGAGAUGUGCAAGUUCACUCAACUGGUGCCCAAUCAAUGAAAGUUUCUUGGAAGCCUCCUCCAGAUGACGCCACUAAUGGAGUCAUCAAAGGUUACUAUAUCGGUUAUCGAAUUUCAUCCACUUCCGAACCUUACACCUUCAAACAAGUGGAACGGACGAAUGAAGGCCAGCAAUCCACCUAUAUAACUGGACUACAACCUUUCACUAAAUACGACAUCGUCGUCAGAGCGUUUAACUCAGCUGGUGCUGGUCCAAAAUCUGCCAAGAUUACGGGAAAAACCCUAGAAACUGCUCCUCCAACUUCUCCAGUAGUGCAAAUCGUUGGUUCAACCAAAAAUUCAAUCGACAUUAAAUGGGAAAAAGACCCGAAAGAUAAAUCGGCUAUCACAGAAUAUACUUUACAUUACAAAACGGAUGAUGGCAACUGGCAACACGAAAGACUGAGCAGCGACGCAGACAAGCAUACGUUGAAAAAUCUCCGCUGUGGCACGAGAUAUCAUUUGUACAUGACAGCCUCCAACAGUUUAGGAACCGGGGAACCCAGUGAAGCUGUUCCAGCGCGUACUAAAGGAGCAGCACCCAUGUCACCACAUCAAUCAGCAUUUAUUCAACGAAACAGCACUUCGGUGACCUUGAACUUCGGCGCGUGGCAGAGCGGAGGUUGCCCAAUUCAUCGCUUCGUCGUCCAGUAUCGUCCCAAGUACCAAAAUCAAUGGAUCACCAUUCCAGACAAAUUUGAUAUGCCAAGGGAUACUUACGUGGUCAGAACCCUCUCGCCGGACCGAGAGUACGUUGUCAUGGUGACGGCUCAUAGCGAAGCUGGACUCACUCAAGAGGAGUAUUCCUUUAGAACACUUCAUGCAUCUCUAGCAGGUCCGACUUCAUCACCAGCAUACGGAAAACGAGAAACUGAUUUACCUUUCUACAAGAACAUAGCCCUGGUCAUUCCAGUAGUGGUGUCAUCUCUGGUUUUAGUGUUGGUCAUCUUCAUAGUAGCUGUUUGUCUUAGGAAACAUUCCCAGGACAGAAGAGAAUACGAAAUGCGAAAGCCUUGCGGUGAUUCUCUUAUGAUGAGCGAUCUUGGUAAACAAGUUACAGAAAAACCUUCAAAAGUGUCUCAUUAUUCUUGCCCAUCAGGAAACAAAGGAGAUUAUGCUGAACCUUAUACUUGCAUUGAAUCCAUACCUCCCAAACAAAGAUCAGAUGGAUUGUUUGCUACCAUCAAAAGAUGUCCCACAAGACCUAUUUACAUGUCUGCAUCUUAUAAACAGGGCCCAGAAACCACCCAGCAAAUGUCGCCCCAUGAUUCUGCAGCAAAUUUGGAUGCCAAUAACUCUGACCGAUGGCGAAACGAAGCCGGCAGCGGACACAAGCCCCUGCGAUGACAGUGCAUCACAUCGUCCAAUGACAAUUUCUCUGCGUCAUUCUGUACAUUGCCAUUGAGGGAAACUGUGAUUUGACAGCUUGGGAUUUCUGCUCACAAC